GCAUCGCUCAGAGAUGCAGUGCUAUCAAGUACCGCUUUUCCCAGCUGGUAUGCUUGUGCAACAUCCCCUUCAACCCAACAAAGAUGAUCCAUCAGGACGAAUGGCAUCUGCUCUACUUGAGAAGGGUCAUGGCUGGAUUCUUGGGCAUGGCUGCAGCUGCUCUUCUCUGCAGAUGCAUCGUGGCAGCAGUCAGCUUCUUUUGGGAGGAAGGCCUCACCCAGCACGUAUCAGGUCUGCUGUUUUUCUUUACAGGAAUAUUUUGCACUAUAUCUCUGUGCAGUUAUGUAUCAUAUGGCCUAAACCACCUCCUGACAUUUGUCUAUAAUCUUCCCAAUGAUAUAGAACAGAGAUACAGCUUAUUUUGUGCUUGGUGCAGUCUGGGAUUUACAGUAGCAGCUGGGUGUCUUUGCACAGCUUACCUGUUUGUUAGCAGGGGCAACAUUUUGCAGCUGAAGUCCACCACAGGCUCCCCU